AUGCUCUCCCCGAAAUGGAUGACGCAAAGUUGUCCUUCGUUAGUCCAAGACCUUCUUGUGCAUCCGCCGGUCCACAUAAAGCCAGUCAAUAUUCUGACGGAAGACAUUGAUUACUUUGCCCUACAAACAGCGAGGAAGCCCUUAGAAAAGUUCGCUCACGCAACAGAUUAUGCCGAAAGACUAUACAGAAAGAUAUACCCGUACAAGCCUAACGACAAAGACACCCAUCCGUCUGAAAUCGUAGAUGGAGUACGGAAUGUAGACAUAACCUUCGAGUAUUUACUCAGAGGGUUCUACAGCCGACUUUUUCGAGCCGGUAAACUCGUUCGGCAGAUCCAAGAGAACCGCGAACCUCCUGACGAAGGUGCCGGCCAAGCUGAUGCUCAUACAUACGGAUUCCGGGACAAUACGCAAGCUGUGCAAUUGUUGCCAGGCCUUGAGGCUCUAUACGAAAGAAUAGCGGCAGAAAAGAAUCGAGUUCCAGGUAUUCAUAGGUGGAUUCGAACUGAUCUCACGAACGGCGACCUAAAGGGUUGGGAGUCUGAUCUUAUUGCCGUGGCCUGGAGUGUUAUCGGUGUGAGGAUUGACUUUGAUCCGGAUUUUAUCGUGUACGACCCUCCACAGCAAGAGCUUUGGAAGGCAUGCCUUGAUGAGACAGAAUGGAGACUCAAAGGUAUUAAAGCCUCCAUUGAUCAAAUGCGGGUGAUAUUCGCCAAAAACCCACCACGGCUGGCGAAAACCACUUCUUUCGACUUUAACUUUGACUUUGAGAUACACUUGAAGCGACUAAGCGACUGGUAUGAAGGAUGGCAUAACGCUGUUAGUAUGCUAUAUGAAUCAUAUUCCGAGAUCCCACGUUACUCGCCCAGGUCGGACGAUUUAGACAAGCAGUUCAAAAAGGAGUCCUUCUCUACGUAUCCAAUGGAGCCAGAGUUUGAGGUGUCGGAGACAGAAGUGAUAUGUCCAGAUGAGACCGGCGUUCGCCCUGUUCCACAGGUAUUUGGCCCUUGUGUCCUUGCUGUUGUUUCGCGUUAG